AUGUACGGCCUACUCCUGGAGAACAUGGCGGAGUACAUCCGGCAGACCUACGGAGAAGAAAGAUGGGAAGACAUCAGAAGGCAAGCUGGCGUAGAACAGCCAUCCUUUUCAGUUCAUCAAGUAUAUCCCGAAAAUCUCAUCACCAGAUUAGCUAAGAAGGCACAAGAGGUUCUUGGCAUUUCAGAACGAGAAUUUAUGGAUCAAAUGGGAGUAUAUUUCGUCGGAUUCGUGUCACAGUAUGGUUAUGACCGGGUCCUGUCAGUACUUGGGCGACAUAUGAGAGAUUUCCUCAACGGAUUGGACAAUCUACACGAGUAUUUGAAAUUUAGUUACCCUCGAAUGAGAGCACCGAGUUUUAUAUGUGAAAAUGAAACCAGGCAAGGACUGACGUUACAUUAUAGGUCCAAAAGGAGAGGUUUUGUUUAUUAUGCCAUGGGACAGAUACGAGAGGUAGCUCGCCAUUUUUACCACAAAGAUAUGCGAAUAGAGUUACUAAGAGAAGAAUUGUUAUUUGACACUGUUCAUGUGACUUUCCAAUUGACAUUCGACAAUCGCGCAUUUACACUUGCUUCCUUGGCUAUGACCAGAGAAGAGAAACAUUUACCAAUCAGCGCUUCUGUUCUAUUCGAAAUAUUCCCUUUUUGUAUUGUUUUUGGAUCAGAUAUGGUUGUGCGGAGUAUCGGUAACUCUCUGAUGGUAAUAUUGCCAGACUUAGUUGGGAAGAAAAUAACUAACUGGUUUGAUCUGGUUCGACCGCUCAUCGCCUUCAAAUUCCAAACUAUACUCAAUCGUACCAAUAACAUCUUCGAGCUAGUGACAGUGGAAGCCGUGAUGCACGAGAAAGCACCAGACAAGAGGAACGAGCUCCUCCGACUGUCUGACGAGACAGAUUGUGCUACUGAUAAAAACCUUAGACUCAAAGGACAAAUGAUCUACAUGGAUAACUGGCGCAUGAUGAUGUACCUGGGUACUCCAGUAAUGCCAGACCUAGCAGCUCUCGUGUCAACUGGAUUGUACAUCAAUGAUUUGUCUAUGCACGACUUCAGCAGAGAUCUAAUGUUAGCUGGAACUCAGCAGUCAGUGGAACUAAAACUAGCAUUAGACCAGGAACAACAAAAGAGCAAGAAACUGGAAGAGUCCAUGAGGAAACUGGACGCGGAAAUGAAGAGGACUGAUGAAUUACUGUAUCAGAUGAUACCGAAACAAGUUGCUGAUCGGUUGCGAAACGGAGAGAAUCCGAUAGAUACGUGUGAGAUGUUCAACACCGUCUCCAUCCUGUUCUCGGAUGUCGUCACCUUCACGGAGAUCUGUUCUCGUAUCACGCCAAUGGAAGUGGUGUCGAUGCUAAACGCAAUGUACUCUAUCUUCGAUACGCUAACGGAAAGAAACCGAGUCUACAAGGUAGAAACGAUAGGCGAUGCUUAUAUGGUAGUAUCCGGAGCUCCUGAGAAAGAAGAUAAUCACGCUGAGAAAGUGUGUGACAUGGCACUGGACAUGGUCGAUGCUAUCACUGAUCUCAAGGAUCCAAGCACAGGAUCUCAUCUAUCAAUUCGUGUAGGCGUUCACUCAGGUGCAGUAGUCGCUGGUAUCGUAGGUCUAAAGAUGCCUCGUUAUUGCCUGUUUGGCGAUUCGGUGAAUACUGCUUCAAGAAUGGAGUCUACUUCGGAAGCAAUGAGGAUACAUAUCUCACAGACGACACAAGAAUUAUUGUCACCAUCUUAUAUGGUUACAGAGAGAGGAGAAAUACAAGUCAAAGGAAAAGGUGCAAUGAAAACCUAUUGGCUCGAAGGACGUGAAUGCCGACUACCACUCACUAAAGUCAUAUCACCACAGCUGCAACCAGGCACUGAACUUGAGUGGGAGCGAGCUGCUGACAUAAGAGACAGCAUCGCAGAACAUUCAGCUCAACACUUAAACAAUAAAGAAGCUCAAGCACGUAGAAUCCAAAGCUCUGAAAUACAUUUACCGAAUUCUCUAAUCAAUUCUGGACCUAAUUCUUUGGUUAAUAGUUCCGGAAAUUUAAUCGCAAUUCAAGCUUCAGCUCCGAGUGCUAGGACUUCUCAAGUGCCAUCGAAUGGUCCAGCAGCGACUAUGACAUCACCAGUAGAAGAGAGACGAAUGUAUUCGCCUGUCACCUUUCAGGAUGUAGCAAGGAGAAGUAUUGCUAACUCACCUAAUAGAGCUGAAAGGGAAAGAGAAUCAAGGUCAAAUUCAACAAGUGCGCCUGGAAUAUGGACCGAUGCAGAAUCUCUAGAUCCACCGAGAACCGCUGAUAGCCUUAACUCUUCAAUUUGUUACAGUUCAACAUCCCCUUGCAGAGUUGGAACAGCACCACAACCGAAAGACCGAAACGAAGACAACGUUAUCGACACUAUAUCAAUAAAUAGUCCUCGGCUAAAGUUUGGGUGCUUCACGCUAAUCCAACAGUGCGUGUCGCAAAUGUCACUACCGCGGUCAGCUCCUCCUGCUAUUGGGAAUUCCUUGCCGCUGCUUAAACCUGAGACUGAUUCAUCUACUGCUAAGCAAAGUGGAGAUGAUAUAGAAACAGAUGCAGAAUAUCAAGAUGCACACACUGAAAUAAAUCAAGCUUCCCAUGUAUGCAAUGUAGUAGAAAACAUAGAUAAUCAAUCAAAACCUGGCAAAGUGACACGAUUCAAGGCGCGAAUAACUCCAGGGCAUUACAAACAAUGUGCUACACAAAAACAAUACAACAAAGAUUCUAUGAAGGAAAAACCAAUGCAAAGCAAUGUUCAUCCUCAUGGACAUCACCACACAAAGAAUGUCAACCAUCACCAGUGUUGUGGAGCAUUCGGCAAUCCUCACGUGAGACAUAAAGCUAAUAAUUCCAGUUGUCAUCUUAUUUGA